GACAAAUAACAUUUUAAGCAGAUGUUUUAGAUAAAUUAUGAUAAAAGGACAGUUUUUCUAAAAAAAAAAUCAUUCAGUGUUUGAACGAUACUAUUUCAUCUUGUUAGAAUACCCGGCUGACAGGGAUACUAACAGGAUGAAAGCUGUAUUUUGUUUGCUCGCCCUUGUGUCUUUUACUUCAGCUCAUCCAUUUUAUAAGGGUUUGACAGGAGGUUUAACUUCAGGCUUGACCGGAUGUUUGACAAAAAGUUUAUCUAAAAGUCUGUCCAAAGUUGUAAAAUUACCAUCUAUUAUCCCGAAAGGAUACAAUAUUGUGGAAUUUGAUAGUCAAGCUGCAACUAAGGCUAUCCAAGGUUAUUGGUAUGUAACUCUUGCAACACCAUCAUACUAUGAUAUCCGUAGCAAGAAGACUGGUCUUUUUAGAAACGUUUGGCCUUGCUCUAGCAACGUGGUAAGUUUUGAAGACACUACCCCUGGAAAUCCAUUUGACUACAAUACAGACUACGUAAUGAAUCAAUACUCCUAUAACGUUUAUACUGGAGAAGUUGAAAAGUCUCGUGGUUUGUUGAGUUCUGCGUAUGGUCAGAGCAAAUAUGCCAUAUUCAAUGUUUAUGUUGAAGACAUUUUCGAUGAACCAUUAGUUGAAGUUCAACCAUUACUUGACCAAACAUUGAACAUUCACAAAGUCGAUUCUAUGUAUAACAGAUUAUUUACCGUUGGUGUAAUUGGUGCCGAUUCGGAUUCAUACAUGGUAUUUGCUGUACUUAAUGAAUACAACAAUGUUUUUAAUAUAAAAGACAAACAUACAAUUUGGGUAUUAACCAGAGAUAGUAACCCAUCUUCUGAUGUCACUAACCGUGCAAUCAAUGAUAUCGUAAAUAGUGGCUUAAGUCCAUACUAUUUGAUAGAUAUCGAUCAUUCGGUUGAUCUCAUCUCAAAAGGUUUAAUUUUAAAUGGCAUUUCUUCGGUUACUGACGAAUAUUCAGUUUCAAAAACUGUAUCUGAAUCUUCAACGACUAAAUCAUUCUCUGUCUCUCAUGGUGAUAAAUGCUACUCUGCUUCUACUACAGAAACUAAAUCUACAGUUGAAUACACUACAGAAAUAUCAUCUCUUCCUGAUUAUCAACCUUUCCUUCCAUUUGUUUCUAACCCAUUUGUACCUGAUGUUAAAAUCAUGAGUGAAUUUGCUUCUGACGUCUUAGCUAAAGCAAUGAAAGGAAAAUAUUACGUAAACAGUGCUACCCCAUUUGUAGCUUAUGAAGAUUGUUGUAAAAUUGGUCUUUUCCAUACUGUUUUCCCAGCAAAAAGUUUACAAGUGAUCUUUGAUAAUACAGUGAACACACCUUGGGAUUGGACAAAAGAAUACAUGAUGGUUGAUCGUGGUAUCAAUAGAAAGACUGGUAAAAUUGAUGUAACUAAAAGUAUUAUAUAUUCUACUUUCGGACCAAACAGUAGAUAUCCUAUAUUCACUGUUGCCACUGAAGGAUACUAUAAUGAAGUUCUUGAAGAUGUCGUGAAAAUCACCAAUACAGGGUUUUAUGCUCAUACUGUUUCAACAACAUUUAAAAGAAAUUAUUACCUCGCAGUAAUUGGUUUUAGAGAAGAUGAUUAUUUAAUUUUAUACACCGUUAAUAGUUACAAUAACUUAUUAUUUGCCAAUAAACCUGUGCACAAUGUAUAUGUUCUUACAAAAGCACGUCAACCAAGUUCAAAAACAUUAGCUGAUAUCGCCCAAGAUAUACUUCUCAGUGGAUAUGAUUUAAACACAUUGAUAACAAUAGAUCAAUCCGAUGAUAUUAUGGAUAUUUACAAAUUUAAUCCCGCAGAUUUCGAAUUAUCUGUAACAUCAAAUGACUCUUCGUCUUCAGAUGAAAAAUCAACUAUCAAAUCACUUACAUCAUCAGCUUCAAAUUUAUUAUCGUCCAUAUCAUCAGCCACUAAGAGUUUAUCAGAAUCUACUAGCUCAAAAACUAUUUCUACCGAAGUCUCAAUUAAAUUACCAGCCAUAAUACCUACAACUUAUAAAGUUCAACCUUUUGAUACUACAAUAGCAACUAAAGUUUUCAAUGGUAAUUGGUACGUAAAUAUGGCAACACCGGUAUGUAUAAAAAAUGAUCGAAUCAAACAUACUGGCUUACUUGCAAAUACGUGGCCGAAUUCUGGGAAUGUAAUACACUUCAGAGAAAAUACUCCUUGGGACUUUGAUGUUGAUUGCACAUUGACCGAAUACUCUUAUAAUUGGAUAACUGAUAAAGUUGAAACCACAAGAAGUCUUUUCAAAAGUGCUUACGGAAACUUGUAUCCAUAUGCUAUUUUCAACUUUUACACUGAAGGAUAUUAUGAAAACUCUUUAAAAGAAAUUCAUCCAUUAAUUGAUGAACAUUUCGUUUUGCCUUCACAUAAAGUGCCAUACACCAUGAAGUAUACAGCUUUGGUUAUUGGUGCUGAUUAUGAUGAUUAUCUUGUGUUUGUUGUCUUAAAUGAAUGGGAUAACUACUUCACAAUUGGAAACGAUAACCGUCUUAUCUGGAUAAUGACUCGCGAACAAUCACCCAAAAGCAAAGUUGUCAAACGCGCUAUUCAAGACAUCAUUGACAGUGGUCUCAACCCAUACUAUUUAAUGGCUGUCGACCAAUCCGUAGACAUUGUCAAGAAGGGAUUACCAGUUGUAUCUGACUUUAUCAAAGAAGUUACUACCACAAAAUCUGAAUCAACCACUAGUACAAGUAGUAAAUCUGUAUCCAUUUCUGACUGUGAAAACUUGGCGUGUGAAUCAAAAACUGAAACUAGAACCAGUAUUGAAUACACAACCGAAGUCACUCUAUUAAAAUCAUACAAACCAUUCUGUUCAUUUAUAUCUGUCCCAUUUGUUCAAGGAGUAAAAAUCUUAAACGAUUUCGAUGCUAUUAACUUGCACCAAGCAUUACACGGAAAAUACUACGUGUUCUUGGCUACUCCAUACGCUUUCAACAUAAAUGUACCAACAUGUGGUCUUUUCUACACUCUUUUCCCAACUUCUGGUUUACAAGUCAUUUUCGACAACACAGUAUCGUUGGAAACUCCAUGGGACUGGACAAGAGAAUACAUGAUGGUAGAUCGUGCAUAUAACAGAUUAACCGGUCAAGUGGAAUUGACAAAAAGUUUAAUAUAUUCCACAUUUGGACCAAAUAAUAAUCAUGGUUUACUUACUGUUGCUACUGAAGGAUAUUACGAAGAUGUUAUUUCCGACGUUGUUACAAUUAGUGAAGACGGUAUUUCAGUUCAUAAAUGUGCUAAAAUUUAUCGCAGAAAUUAUCAAAUGGCAAUCGCUGGAUAUCAACCUAAGGAAUAUUUGAUCCUUUAUGUGGUCAAUAAAUAUAAUAACAUAUUUUUGAAAGAUCAAGAAAUACAUAACAUGUACGUUCUCACUAGAGACCAAGUUCCAUCUCAUGCUACCAUUGAUAAAAUCACUCAAGAUUUAAUACUUAAUGGAUAUGAUACAAGAAACUUAAUGAGUAUUGAUCAAUCAUAUGAUAUCACUGAUGACUAUACAUUUGUUGCUAAAGAGUAUGAAGUCUCGUACGAAGACAAUACUUCAUCGGUAACUUCAACUUCAUCUUCGAUCGCAUCAUUAGCCUCAAGUUUAUUAUCUUCUGUAUCAUCAGCUUCUAAGAGUUUGUCAGUAGCAAAUAGUUCAGAAAAUAUUUCAAAGAAUAUUCCAAUUAAAUUGCCAUCUAUUAUUCCAAGAAAGUAUAAAGUCCAGCCAUUUGAUGUGAAUACUGCAGCCAAAGUUUUCAAUGGAGAUUGGUACGUAAACAUGGCAACUCCAGUUUGCAUGAAAAAUGAUCGUAUAAAACACACAGGUUUAUUAGCUAACACAUGGCCUAACUCUGGGAAUGUAAUUCAUUUCAGAGAAAACACUCCAUGGGACUUUAAUGUUGAUUGCACCCUUACUGAAUACUCUUAUAAUUGGAUCACUAAUAAAAUUGAAUCUACUAGAAGUCUUUUUAAGAGUGCUUAUGGUAAUUUAUAUGCAAGUGCCAUUUUCAAUUUCUACAGUGAAGGAUACUAUGCUAAAUCACUUGUUGAAAUUCACCCAUUAAUUGAUGAACAUUUUGUUUUGCCUACUCAUAAAGUUCCAUAUACUGUGAAAUAUACUGCUGUUAUAAUUGGUGCUGAUUAUGACGACUACUUAGUUAUUGUUAUUUUAAAUGAAUGGAAAAAUAAAUUUAUUACUGGAAACAAUAAUCAUCUUAUUUGGGUUAUGACUAGACAACAAUAUCCAAGUAAAAGAGUCAUAAGUUGUGCUGUGAGCGAUAUUACCAGAAGUGGAUUGAAUCCAAAUUAUCUUAUUACUGUCGAUCAAUCUGUAGAUAUCAUAAAGAAAGGUUUACCAGAAGUUGCAGAUUUUGUUUCAAAUGAAAUUACUACUAAAAAAACGGUAUCAACUACAACAAGUACUAAAUCAGUAUCUGUUUCUGAUUGUGGCAACACAGUAACGGCUUCAAAAACAGAAACUAAAACCACUGUUGAAUAUAGUACUGAUGUCGCACCUUUGGAAUCUUACCAACCAUUCUGUCCAUUUGUAUCUAUUCCCUUCGUUAAUAAAAUUAGAAUUAUAAAUGACUUUGAUGCAACAACUUUGAGUAAAGCAUUGUAUGGAAAAUAUUAUGUUGCUCUUGCAACUCCUUACGCUUUUAACAUCGAUUCACCAAAAUGUGGUCUUUUCUACACUGCAUUCCCAACUGCUAGUUUACAAGUCAUUUUUGAAAAUACACUACCAAUAGACACUCCAUGGGAUUGGUCAAGGGAUUAUAUGAUGUUAGAUCGAGCUAUAAACAGACAAACUGGUGAAAUUGAAAGCACAAGAAGUAUUUUGUAUUCCACAUUUGGACCAGAGGGAAAUCAUGGUUUGUUAACUGUAGCUACUGAAGGAUACUACGAUGAAGUAAUGACAGAAGUUGGUUCUAUUGACGAAGACAAUAUAAUUCAUCAUCAUUUUGCAGAUAUUUAUCGUAGACAUUACUAUAUGGCAAUCACUGGCUAUAAAGAAGGGGAAUAUUUGAUUCUGUAUAUAGUAAACUCUUACAGGAACAUUUUCUAUCAAAACAAAAAUACACACAACAUGUACGUUCUCACUAGAGACAGAAUCCCAUCAUCUGAUACCAUAAAUUCUAUAACUCAAGACAUACUUCUCAGUGGCUACAAUCCAAAAGAUUUGAUCAAGAUUGAUCAAACUUAUAACAUUAGAGAUGAAGUUAUAUUCAAUGCUGAAGAAUAUGAAGUAACAUACGAAAUUUCGACCGUUUUAGAAGAAACUUCUUCUAGUGUUAGUCGUCAAUCAUCUUAUUACGGAACUGCAGUUAAAUCAGACUACGGAUAUUAUUAAUUUUUAAAGUAAAUACUAUUAUUGUAAUUUCCAUUAAAUGAUCCCAUUAUUUAAAUAAUAUAUUAUAUUGUGAUUAUCAUAAUAAUCAUUAAAACUCAUAAAAUAUUUAAUAAACUUUUGACUAACAUUUACAUUUAAAAGCUUAACUAAGCUUAAUAAUUAUAUUACUUUAUUUUUUAAAUUAAUUAACUGGUUGAUCUAUGAUCAUAAAAAUAACAUUUCAACUCAUUUAGUCUAAAUGUUUUAAUAUCUUUAGUUCUUUUAGAUAACGUAAACUUGUGAUAACACGGUAAAUAUAAGAUAAAUUAAAUAAUUUGUGCUAUGCAAUUUCUUAUAAAUUCUAUAUAAAUUUAUUUAUUCCUUAAAAAUUAUUAAAAUAAAAAUAAUCUAAAGGUUUUAUUUAUACAUAACAUCAUUUUAAUUAAAAAGGUA